CACGAACUUUAAUCACGUCGAUCGGAAUCUACAAAUUAAUUUCACUCUGACGAUGCGGACGAACCUCUCGAAGGAAGUCUCGGGGGUUACACGCUAAACUUUCCAACCUUCGUCUCACACGGUUUCACAAUACUGUACGUCCCGCUAACCUCGCAAGAAUUGCGCGAAUUUACAUACAUGGUGAAAUUGUAAGAAAUUUCUGGAUGUUUCUCGGAGCGAGAUGCGACAUCUUGCUAUUGUGCGGAAGUAAGAAUUCGCCUGAAGCUGCAUUUGGUUCUGGAACUGAUACCGUAGUGCUUAUGCUUUUGGUUCACUGAUGCGUCUCUCGGAUUGAGUGUUGGAAGAAAGGCUUAAUUUUCUCGUCGGUUGGAACGUAAUAAAAAAACUCGAGGAAUCAUCUCACAGUUGAAGCCGGUUGAGAGCGAGAAGAGGUAAUUGGAAGUGUGGAUCCUGAUUGUGCAUGGAUUCUUCGAAAGGCUCAGUAAAUGCGGGUUCUUCCUUACGUAACUUCCGAAUUCAACGACAACCAUUGGCCGAUUCUCCGAAUCUGAGUGAAAAUUCGAAUCGAGAACAGAUCUCAAGUACGAAGCGAGCCCAGAUUAUGUCCUCCAAUGAAUCAGACGAUUCAGUCGGAUUUCAGUCGACGCAGAAACGAAGGCGUGUGGUGUUUAGCAGUGAUGAUGAUGGUGAUAACGAGUCUCGCACGAACAGGACUGAGUCCGCCGGUGAUAUUGUGCCUGACUCGGAACUAGUUGAAUCGCAAAUUGAAGAACUCAAGAAAUCUUUUCCCCAAAUUUCUGAUUUGGAUGUGCAGGAUGCUUUGAAGGAGGCUGAAUGGAACGUUGAAGAUGCGGCUGUACGUCUCCGCCAGAAAGCAGCGCGCAACAACUCUUCAAAAAAGAAUGAUGUGAAGAAAAAGGGCCGUGUGAGGGUCAAUUCCGAAGACAGUGAUGAUGAUGGUCCGAAUGGAGGCGAUUUCGAUGCCGAAGACGAAGAUGACGGUUAUCGCAUGGAGUCUAGGAAAGUCUACGACAGCGACGAUUCGGAUGACGAGUCUUUGCUCGAAGACAGAGCUGACCGCAAUGAAGUGGUUGAAUUUCUCGAGAUUGCCACGAAAGAAGAACUUUCUUGUAUGAUCGGUUCCUCUAGCAAGAAGGCUGAUGUUAUUAUAGAAAUGAGACCGUUAGCGAACUGGGCCGAUUUAGUCCUCAAGAUACGUAGCCACAAAUCCGUCUCGUUGGACAUUUUGAACUCUGUGAAAGAUACGCUCAAAGUGCGCCGUGAUGUUGCACGUCUCCUGUCGAAGUGUGAGAGAAUUUCAGUGACUCUGCAAAGCGCUGUUGAAAGACUCAUGAAUAACUCCGAAGAUGUCCCAAAAUCGGAAUCAAGGGACUUGUUCGGCCAACCUUCGCUUCUCAAUCGCGAAAUGAAGUUAACGCAGUACCAAAUUUUAGGAUUGAACUGGCUUAAUUUAAUGAGAAAGAACAAGCUGAACGGCAUUCUCGCCGACGAAAUGGGAUUGGGGAAGACGAUACAAGUCAUCGCAUUUGUCGCACUUAUUCACGAGCAAGGGGAUGUUGGCCCACAUCUCAUCAUUGUUCCACCGUCAACUCUCGACAAUUGGGUCCGUGAAUUCGGUCUCUGGUGUCCGUCCCUGGAAAUCUGUACAUACGUUGGUUCUCAAAUCGAGCGGAAGCAGCUGCGUAUUUCAUUGAACGAAAUUCUCUCUGGGAAGUCGGAUGACGCUUAUCCGAAUGUCAUCAUUACAACCUACAACACUGCCACAAGUACACCUGAAGAUAAGGUUUUUGUCAAGCGGAUGCCGUUUCACUAUGUGAUAUUCGAUGAAGCUCAUAUGCUGAAGAACUGCGCCACUCAACGCUUCGAGCAUUUAAUGCGUAUCCAGGCAAAAAGAAGAAUCCUAUUGACCGGCACUCCGAUGCAGAACAGUCUUAGGGAACUGAUGUCGCUGUUGAUAUUUGUCAUGCCGAACAUGUUCGCAUCGCAUCGUACUCAGCUUCUAAAAACCUUCGCUCUCUAUCCGAGAGGAGCUGACGGAACUGACGCAGACGAGAACCUGAACACCAGAAGCAAUUACGAAAGAGAACGUAUCCAACAAGCUCGUAGGAUCAUGAAUCCCUUCAUUCUGCGCCGUCUGAAGAAAGACGUUCUCCGCGAUUUGCCACCGAAGUCUGAGGAAGUUAUCCGCGCUCCGAUGGACGCUCAUCAACAAAAGCUUUAUGAUAAAUUCCUUAAAUCCGUGAGGGACGAUGUUACCGCUGCCAAAGAAAACGGUACCUUGACUGGAGGCGGUGGAAUAGCCAUUAUGAUGCAGUUGAGGAAAUUAGCGAAUCAUCCGCUGCUCAUGCGAUUUCACUAUGAUACCGCCAAGUUGCGUACACUGACGAAACUUCUACUGCGGGAACCCGUGAAUGAGAGGUCCACGUUUGACGUGGUGCUGGAAGAGUUGUCGAUGAUGUCUGAUUUUGAGAUAAACUCGACGCUUAGAAUGUAUCCGAAUUUUAAAGAGCACUGUUUGCCGGACUCGCAGCUUUGUUCUUCGGGAAAAUUGCAAGCUCUGGACCGAAUCUUGCCUGGUUUGAUUGAGCAAGGAACGAAGGCGCUGCUUUUCUCCCAGUUCGUAAUCGUGUUGAAUAUCCUGGAGGCUUAUAUUAAAAUCCGAGGCUACAGAUACGUUAGGUUUGAUGGCAGCACGCCACGUGAGGAACGGCAAAGACUAAUCGACGAAUUCAACAAUGAUCCGAAGUUAUUCAUUUUUCUGUUGACGACGCGUUCCGGAGGACAGGGAAUCAAUUUGACUGGAGCCAACACUGUGAUUCUUCACGAUGUUGAUUUCAAUCCUCACAAUGACAAACAGGCUGAGGAUCGGUGUCAUCGUGUUGGUCAAAAGAAGCCUGUGAGAGUUAUUCGCCUGAUUAGCAAAGAUACAAUUGAGGAAGGAAUGUAUCGCUUGGCCCAAGAAAAGCUGAAGCUGGAAGAGGAUCUCGGAGGUCGAACAGCUGCUGAAGAAGAGGGAGGCGAGGAUGUGAAACCUGAUUCCAAAGACGUUGUCCGACUUUUGCACGACUACUUGCGGAUGGACGUGAUUCCGAACGGAAUGCCGAAGUGAUGACGCUUGUUCAUAGUGAAGAUGUUAUAUUCGUCAGCCGAAAAACUCUCAGCAACUCCUUUUUUUUUUUUUUUUGAGUCCUUCCGAGGGAAAAACUUUCACUUCGAUGUUUGAAGCUGUGAUUCGUAAGAACCCUUAAUGUUGGACAUUUUUUCGGCGUUUUAUGGAAACAAAACCCACUUUAAUUCUUUGCGGAAUCCGACUCGUGUGUGCGCUGGAGGAAAUAUAAUUUUCUGCGAUUUUUCUAAUGCC